AUGGAUUGCAAGUGUUAUUUGACACCGUCCGUCACAUUAUUACAUCGGCAGUGCUCUGCGGCAAUAGCAGCAGUUACGCUAUGGGUUUUCAUGCUGUUUUACCUAUCAGCUCAACUAUUCAGCCUGCAAGGAAAAGCACGAUACGAAGAUGCAGCAGUUAGCGGACAGUUGGAGGAAGCCCUGCAAGAUCUUCGGCAGCUUAGGCAGCAGUAUGAAAACCUUCGUGAGCUGAUCAAAGCAGAGAGGAAAGAACGAGCCGAGCUGGAUCGCAACCUGGUCAGGAUGGCCAAGCAGCAAAUCACUGAGGAUGUGAAGACAGUCGCGAAGACUCCUGCUCAAAACGUUAUACAAGAUGACAAAACCAAGGAAUCGGAGCUUUACAGCAAACAACAUGAAGUGUCUCGGCGACACUUGGAAAACCGAAUAUGGGAGGUAUUCUAUUAUAUGCGCAAAAAGCUGCAAGAACUGCCUAUCUCGCAUACCUCGGUAGCAAACCAUACCGAGGAGCAGCUCAUCUCUCUCCUUGCUACUGCCGCGAACUUCUCAGAAAUAGAAGGAGCGAGCGCUUGGCGAAAAAAGUCUCUGCAAGCCGUGACAGACACUAUACAAGAAAAGAUUCGUCGCAUGCAGAAUCCAGAAGACUGUCGGACAGCGAAAGCACUUGUUUGUAAUCUUGACAAAGAGUGCGGCUUUGGUUGUCAACUCCAUCAUGUUGCCUACUGCUUUCUGACAGCUUUCGGCUCAGGAAGGAUGUUAGUGCUCAAUCGGGAUGGCUCAUCAUGGAGGUACUCAAAGAAGGGCUGGGCCGGCGCUUUCCUGCCUGUGACUAGUUGCAAAUACGAUGACGUCGUUGGGCAAGAUACACCUGCCUCAUAUUCUCUUACCUCUGACGCUCGAGUGGUUCAGUUGGGAAUAGUAGACGGGCUAGCUAAUAACCUGAGACCUCCGUUCCUGCCUCUCUCCAUACCGAAACCACUAGCUGACGAGCUUCUAAAGCUGCAUUCGAACCCUCCGGUUUUCUUUAUUAGUCAGUUUAUUUGGUACCUCAUGCGAAAUGGAGAGCAAUUCCAAAGAGCAUUGAAUGAACAGAUCUCAGCGAUUGAUUAUAAAAAAGGUCCAAUUGUUGGACUCCAAAUCCGGCGCACCGACAAAGUGGGGACAGAAGCGUCUUUCCAUUCUGUGGAGGAGUACAUGCAAUGGACAGAGAUAUGGUUCAGGAUACAAGAUAAACAACGAGGAACACGGAUCAGUCGUCGAGUUUUCGUUGCCACUGAUGAUCCGACGGUUAUCCCUGAACUUAAGAAAAAGUACACCAAUUACGAAGUACUGGGAGACGAACAAAUAGCCAACACUGCUCAGCUGGAAAGUCGCUACACAGACAGCUCUUUGUUUGGAGUUGUAAGAGAUAUUCGACUGCUCAGCCUCUGCGAUUACCUAGUAUGCACCUUCUCUAGCCAGGUUUGUCGAAUGGGGUUUGAGUUGAUGCAAGUGCAGCAGGGUGAUGCUGGGGAGAAGUUCCAUUCAUUAGACGAUCUCUACUAUUAUGGAGGACAGCAUGCUCAUGAGCUCGUCGCAGUGGAGAACUACAUACCAGAGCAGUCUGGUGAAAUUGAGCUGAGAGUGGGCGAUGUCAUAAAAGUUGCUGGCAAUCAUUGGGACGGAUACUCCAAAGGACAAAACUCGAGAACCGGCGCAUCAGGGCUCUAUCCCUCUUAUAAGGUUAUCGAAAAAUGGCGGAUAGUUGAUUUCCCACCAUUGGACUAAAGUUUCGGAAUCUCGGUAUUAUCUAGUCUUUUAUCUGUGUUAUAUCAUCGGGUACUAUUUGAGCUAUUCAGGACAUCAGAGUUUUACAUAUUGGUUUCUAGUCUUUGUAUACCUACGCUUAGCUUGCCUAAGGAUAUCUUGCCUCCGUGCCAGUGAGCUCAAUCUCCUCGUUAAUUACACUGCAAUUUGUUAGUUUGUUAACGUUGCGAGUAAUCGCGUGCAACAACCUUGUUGAUCUGUUUUUGUUGGUUGCUGAAUUGCGCUUCAUCAAUCGCUAUCUUGCCUUUCGUCUAGAUACUGCACGCAUAUGUUUCGUUGUUUUGUGUGUUGUGCCUUUCUUACUGUUGUUCUCAAGUACGAGUACAAAUCGAUUGAUAAAUGCUUCGAUUCGCUU